CCCCGCGACCUUCACCCUUUAUUCCAGGGAAACCGAUUGCUUCGUAGCGGAGUAGUUUUCCGAUGUGGAAAAUUAUCUAAUUAGCAUUUUGCCGGUAGUAUAAAAGACGAACAACCCUCCAAGAUGCGCAUAAGGGAAGAACGAACACCAGAAAUCUUUUCACAAAUCUUCACAGCCAAGAAUGGAAUCAGAAUCUGUCACCUCAAGAGAUACCAGAAAUGGUUUGGACAGACGUAACUUCUUGGCUCCACCCGCGAAGCUUAUGAAAUUUGGGAAGUCUGAAGACACAACCAUGGUGUCUGUAGACGACAACAGCAGUUGUGGCGACGUGAGCGAGUUGUCGGACGACAGUGCUGUCUGGGGUCUGAGAGAUAUGGAAUCUCUUGAAGAGGAGAGCUGCGAUUCCGUCAUUUCCGGUAACAGCACGACCUUCCGCACCCAGCCUGCCGGGCAGGAGGACUUCCUGCGUGACAUCUUCAAGGUCAUCAUGGAGGACAUUGUCCAAAAGGCCGGAGAUCGAGAGGGCAAGGUCAUUGAAUGGAUGGCUCCCGAAGAGUUAUCGGCCAAGAUGGACCUGGAGCCUCAGCCAACGAGCGAAAGCCAUGAACAGCUUAUGGAUAGGGUCAAGGACGUUAUCAAAUAUAGCGUCAAAACCGGUCAUCCUCACUUCGUCAACCAGCUGUUCUCCAGUCUGGACCCAUAUGGUCUUGCUGGUCAACUCGUGACGGACGCUCUCAACUGCAGUCUCUACACGUACGAAGUCGCUCCCGUCUUUACCGUCAUGGAACAGGCGGUGUUGGCGAAGAUGAGACAACUGAUUGGCUACGAGGGCGGGGACGGAAUCUUUGCUCCUGGCGGAUCCAUUGCCAACAUCAUGGCGUUGAGUUGCGCCCGACAGAUGGCGUUCCCCGAGACAAAGAAGCGGGGCCUGUUUGGGCUGCCACAGUUGGUGUUGUACACGUCUGAGCUGGCCCACUACUCCAUCAGGAAAGCGGGAUGUCUUCUCGGAUUUGGGGAUGAUAACGUCAGACUGGUCAAGACUGAUGCUCAAGGUCGGAUGAUCCCCGAGGACCUCGAAGCCCAGAUUGAGGACACAAAACAGCAGGGUGGACGUCCGUUCUUAGUUGUGGCCACAGCAGGAACAACAGUGUUUGGCGCCUUCGACCCCAUCAACGACAUCGCCGACGUUUGUGUCGCUAAUGGUUUAUGGCUUCACGUGGAUGGUGCUUGGGGAGGUGGCGUCCUCAUGUCCCGACGUCAUCGUGGGUUGAUGGAAGGCGUGGAUCGCGCAGAUUCAGUCACUUGGAACCCUCAUAAACUUCUAGGUGCUCCACAGCAAUGUUCAACCUUCCUCACAAAACACGAGGGCGUGCUGCAGGCGGCUCACAGCGCCAAGGCAUCUUACCUUUUCCAACCAGACAAGUUCUACGACGUCAGUUACGACACCGGCGACAAGACGUUCCAGUGUGGCCGUAAGGUCGAUGUCUUCAAGUUUUGGCUCAUGUGGAAGGCCAAGGGUACACGAGGUUUGGAGCAACACGUCAACACUCUGUUCGACAACACCAAGUAUUUUGUAGAAAGACUUAAAGUGCGAGAAGGCUUUCAAUUGGUCGUCUCAGAACCACAACUGACCAAUGUCUGCUUCUGGUACAUCCCACCAUCACUGAGGAAAGUCCCGGAAGGCCCAGAAUUCCGUGCUCGACUCCACAAGGUGGCGCCGCUUAUCAAGGAGCGCAUGAUCCGCACAGGGUCCAUGAUGAUUACCUACCAGCCACAGAAAGAGCAUGUCAACUUCUUCCGGUUGGUGCUGCAGAGUUCAGGGACAACGUUUGAAGACAUGGACUAUUUUCUCGACCAGAUUGAAACACUUGGUCGUGAUAUAAUUGUGUGAACUGUGAAACAAGUGAUAUAACAUUUUAGAGACGAGCUUUCCCGGUGCUCUGUGAUGAUUAGUUGCUUGACACGUGACAUGAAGUGAUCACGUGGGGGCGACAGUGACAAGACACAAACAAAUGUUACUUCAUUGUCUAAACAUUUGGGACACUACUUAAUGACAGGGUACAAAGAUGAGUUUAUUUUAGAGAAACUUAUUUGCUUCCAUUUGAAUUUUUGCGCUAGUGGAAAUUAUGCUAAAACGAUGAAAUUAUCAUAGUAUAACAUUAAUGGUAUUGAAUUUAUUAUACGUUGAGUAUAUCACACUGGUGCCGAUAAACGUUUUGUAACAGAUUGUUAAGAAAGCUAUUCCCUCCCUUGAUACGUGAAUACGUCUGUGAUAAUCAAUGACAAAGAAGUAAAAUGACAUUAACUCCGUCUCUAGGGACAAUCCAUGACAAAGAAGUAAAAUGACAUUAGGUUCGUCAAAAGUGGAACAGAAUCUCCAAGGCUUCAAAGGAAGUCAGUGGUUUCAUGUGCAAUCAAUUGAAUGCUGGUUUCACUGGCCUUGUUACGUCACACUGUAUAUACUGUUAUUGUUUAUAUAUUUUCAUUCCAAAUAAAACUAUUUUACAAUAAA